AUUGAUGAGUACUUUCUUUCUUUCUUAGUUUGGUCCAAAUUGUGUUACAGUUCCUAUGGCUCUCUGUAUCAGACCCUCUCUCAGAUUGCAGGGUGAACGAAGCGAUUGGAUCGGCUACUGCGAUUCUCUGAUGGCGAGGUUGGCGCUGUGCAGCAUCUGCUCACAUGACAAAAGCGACGGCAGUGACGCGGGGAUACCGGACUUGGAGAUACUGGAGGUGGUGGCGGACGGUGGCUACGGCCGAGUCUACCAGGGCUUCGAGCCUUCCACCGGUGAAAUCGUCGCCAUGAAACAGAUAGUAAUAAUCGGCUCGAGACAGGGUGUUCCGUCUGCGAUCAUUCGCGAAGUGGCGUUCCUCAAAGAACUCCGCCAUGACAACAUUGUGAGGUUGCUUAGAGUCUAUGUCAGAAGACACAGAUAUGUCAAUCUUGUUUUCGAGCGUCUUCCGUGCGACCUUCAUGACUAUAUUAGGCGCAGGACUCAUCGCAAUAUGUUGGCUAUAAAGAGUUUCAUGUACCAGAUACUCUCUGCUCUGGAAUUCUGCCAUGCGCGUCAGGUUCUGCACAGAGAUUUGAAACCCAGCAAUGUGCUGAUUGAUCAAGCUAGCAUGCUGGUCAAACUGGCGGAUUUUGGUUUGGCUAGAGAGUUUAGAAAUGACAUAUUAUAUACUGACCAGUUAGGAACUGCCGCGUAUAGAGCACCUGAAAUGUUGUGCGAUAACUAUCAAUAUUCAUCUCCAAUUGAUGUGUGGGCUGCUGGCUGUGUAUUUGCUGAGAUGAUAACUGGACUACCUUUAUUCCAAAAUAGGAAGUUGCGGGAUGAGUUGGAGGCAAUUUUCAGACUGACAGGUACCCCCACAGAAGAAACAUGGCCAGGAAUCACUGAAUUAAUGCCUGACAUCCAUAAGUACCAGGGACAUGAGCCAGUGGGCAUACGGACAUUGUUUCCUGAACUGGAACGAAGUGGCCAGGAUCUUCUAUCAAGAAUGCUUUGCUUGAACCCAAAUGAAAGGAUUUCUGCGUCAGCUGCUCUAAAUCAUCCUUACUUUACGGAAGAAGAAUGGCUUUGGGAUGGAAAGCCAUGGGAGGAGUCGGCGAGAUGCAUUCCUUUUCGAUGACUAGUUUUGUGAUGAACUUACUACUACUCUCCUCCAUUUCAAUCAAAUACGUUCUUAUCAUUGUAUCAAUUCUUUUCAUCCUGUAAACACCUCUUUCACUUCACAAUACCAAAAUGAAUGAAAAAAGUAU